AGGGAGUCUGGUUUGCUGGUCGAGGCAGAAUCUGUCCAGCACACUGGGAAUGACAGGACAGCACCAAGCCACCGUUAACUGAGCACACAUAAAAGUAGUCAUCUAACCAGCGACCGUACUUAGUAAGUAGCUAACUACGAAAACCGAAAUGACAAUGUGGCGUCAGUUUAAUUAAGGUAGAGUUAACAGAGUAAUAGUUUUGGAUUGUGUUGGCACGAACAGUUAAAGCUAACUUUACGUUAGCAGCCUACCAUUAGCCUGCUAAUGUUAAAUCGAAGAAAGUUAAGCUAUCCAACUAGCUAACGCAUAACCUGUUUGAUGUGUCCCGGUAGUUGUAGCCUAACGCCGGUGUUGGUUAGUCUUUACAAAUUUAACUCACUUGGAGAAAUCAUGGCGUCGAUGCAGUUUGAUUCGACAACAUAUGCGGAGGAGCAGAUUUGACUCAGGGCUGUCAACAAGCUCGCUGACGUUAGCUAACCUGGCUAGCCUGCUAGCUCUCUUGCUACCAUGGCCAAAAUAGAGAACGGCCGUCAAUCGGCGGACACCAGGAGUAUCAGGACCAUCAGCAGCAGUCACAUUGACGAUGAAAGCUCUUUGGGAUCCGACUCGGAGAUCAACGGCUUCACCAGCGACAGACAGACCGAUAAAUAUGGAUUUAUUGGCGGGGCGCAGCAGUACUCGGAGGAGUCAGCUCAGGAUGUGCCUCCAGAGGUGCUCAGGCAAAGGGAGGUGAAGUGGCUGGACAUGCUCAGCCACUGGGACAAGUGGAUGAUCAAGAGAUUUAAUAAGGUGAGGCUGCGAUGCCAGAAAGGAAUUCCUCCUGCCCUCCGAGGCCGCGCAUGGCUCUACCUGUCAGGGGGGAAGGUGAAGAAAGAGCAGAACCAAGGAAAGUUUCAGGAGCUGGAUAGCCAGCCAGGGGACCCCAAAUGGGUUGAUGUGAUUGAGAAAGACCUUCAUCGACAGUUUCCCUUUCAUGAGAUGUUUGUGUCACGGGGAGGACACGGGCAGCAGGACCUGUUCCGUGUUCUUAAGGCCUACACUCUCUACAGACCAGAGGAGGGAUACUGCCAGGCCCAGGCUCCCAUUGCUGCUGUGCUGCUUAUGCACAUGCCUGCUGAGGAUGCUUUCUGGGGACUGGUCCAAAUCUGUGAGAAGUAUCUUCCUGGCUACUACAGUCCUGGCCUGGAAGCUAUACAGUUAGAUGGAGAGAUUCUGUUCGCUCUGCUGCGACGUGUCUCCCCGCUGGCCUUCCGGCAUCUGGAGAAACACAAGAUUGACCCCAUCCUCUACAUGACUGAGUGGUUUAUGUGUGCCUUCUCCAGAACCCUGCCCUGGGCGUCAGUGCUGCGUGUCUGGGACAUGUUCCUCUGUGACGGAGUGAAGAUAAUCUUUCGUGUGGGAUUGGUGCUUCUCAAGUGCAUGCUGGGGACUCGGGAGAAGCUGAAGGCCUGCCAGGGUCAGUAUGAGACCAUGGAGCUGCUCAGGGCCGUAGAACCUCGAUACAUGCAGGAAGGCUUCCUUGUCCGAGAGAUCCUUGAGGUGCCGGUGACGGCACGAGACGUGGAAAGAGUGCAUCACAGCCAGCUCAAGCGCUGGAAGAAGAACCGUGGAGAGCUGAAUUUCAAGCCGCCUCCGAGGAUGCACGGCGCUCAACUCAUCAUGCUGGCCGAGCCGCCCAGACGCCAGGACCUGCAGCAGAACCCCACUAUUGUGCUCGAGGCGUCUCAGCCUGCCUCGCAGCUGAAGAAGGGCAAGGAGGAGAAGAAGAGCAUGAAGAAGAAGAGCAUGAAGAAAUCGCAGCCCGUCGAGGAGAUCCCUAACCCUUACCCUCUUCCUAAUGACCCUCCACCCUCAGAUCCACCUGCCCCACCUCCAGACAGCACCAGCUCAACACAGGAGCCUGAACCACAAACUGAAACAGACUCACCUCACCAGCAGAAAGAGCCUCCUACAGACCUUCCGCCUGCCAAAGAAUCUGCUCUUAAGCGAUCCACACAAAGCCUUAGCAGCACAGAGCAGGACACAUACCUGUAGCUCUAUAGCAGUCAGUGUGUGUUUGUGUGUGUGUGUGUGAGUGUGUGGACAAAGCACCAGCACCUCCAGUCAGCAACCAGCCAGCCUUGCCAAAGUCUCCGACUGGCCAGCAUCACUAUUGUUGUUGUAUUGGACUGUUUUGUAUUCAUUUAGACACCAUUUUGCCUACGAUAUUAUUAGCAUACACUAGAGCAUCAUUGCUGAGUGUAAAACCGUUUCGUUGCUUUUGCCAUUUGUCAACACAAAGCUGGUGUUGCCUCCUCUAAAUGCUCUUAUUCAGACCAUAAGUCUUAGUAUUCUGUUCACAAGGGAGACAAGUUACUGAGUUUUUGGGAGCAAAGUGUUUUCUUCAGAAGGUUUAAAUGGGACUUAAAGAAUAAUGAGGUGCCAUGGCUUAUGCAGUUUUAUAUAUGUUUUCACCCAUAUUCAACACUAUUGAGUUUAUCAGUUAUACUGCGCAGGAAAGGAUGUAAACUCCUGAUCUAAACUUGAUGCGGCUCUACUUCUUGAGCCAUUAUAGUUCAUUAUAGGUUUUCGUGCACUAGAGGGCAACCUCGCACAAAUUCCAGCUGUAACUCCGAUGGCAUUCCUGUUAAUACGUCUGACCACAGCAAGGAGGGGAUUCACUAAGUUUGGGAGGCAUUAUUCUAAGAUUGAGCUUACGUUUUUCUAUUCAGGAAAUAGUUGCAUCAUAUUUUAUAAUCUUAAUUUUGAAUCAUCUUCUUGAAUUGAUGGAAUUAAGCCGCCCUGCAUUGUGUUCAAAUCUUUUUCUACAAGCACUAUUUAUUUAAAGAUCAGUUUGAACCUGGAUUUGUUGUUUGUGCACAAGUGGUCACUCAUAUUGAUCUGGUUCAACUCUGUAUAAACUCCGCUUCUCAUUGUGCCAGGCACUUCCAGCCACUUUAGAGCAGCAGUAGUUCUGUUACUUGGGCGGCAGAGAGGAGCACACUGGACAUUCCUCACUGUAUGACACAUUCCUGCCUUCUUAAAAGCUAAUUACUUUAAAAAUUCUGCCUUGCCAAAUGCAAAUCUGCAUAAUAUUCAUAUUUGUGCAUGCACUUCCUGUCAACUCUUGGACAGUGAGUGAUUGCUAAUCAUCUAAUGGUGCUGAUCUUCCUUUUGGCAGUGCUUGAAGUCCAGUUGGAGCCAAUAAGACGCUGGGUCUGUUUUCUUUUAUAUAUAUGUUGAUAUUUUGCUAGAGCAUCCAAAGCAAUUUAAGACUGUUCUGAGAUAAUCUACGACCGCUACCUGUGACAAGACUUAUUCUAUGUAUACGGUCAAGACAGAUCAUGGGAUUUCAAGAUUUCCUGGGAUAUUUGUAGCAUUUUUUCUUACCAGAGCCCGCCUCAUUUCUUUGGGAAACAUGGAGAGUUGCAGGGGGUUGAGGCAUUUUCUAUAAAAUACGACAAUCUAUUUUCAAACUUUCACCACAAUGGUAAAGGGAGUUUUGACAACAUAUAUGCACACGUAUGAAACGUGUUUGUGUGUAUAAUUUACAGAAACAAAUCUGUGCUAAAAAUGCAUGUGUAGGUCCAUCAUAUACAGCACUGGGGUUUAAAGGAUAACAUUUCACAAGCACUCACUCGCCCGUAUGCAAUUGUUUUUUAGUUGCUUGCAUUACGCACCUCACGUUUCACUUAUGUUCUAUUUUAAUUUAAUGCUUUUUGUGUAGAUAUGACAUGUAAAAAUAACAAUCUGUUUUGUAAUGAAAUUUAUUUUUCAGUGUAUAACGGUAUAUUUAAUGGAGCAGUUACAGAAACUGCAGAGGAGACAUUUCUAAAUCACUUGCAGUUUAGAGCAGCAUAUUUUAGAUCAACAUUUGUAACACUAGAAAAAAAGUUUGCUAAUUUGGAAUUUGGAGAUAACUUUUGCCACUAAAAAUGUUUGUUCUUGCUCUAAAGACGGAUUGGUAUUAUUUUACCUUGUUCACAAGAGUUACAAAAGAGAUGUUUGACAACCAUGGGGCAUGAGUUUUAAUGUUACAAAAAACAAAUUGUUUAAAGCUAACUUAAAACAUUUCUGUUGUGUGUUUGCCGUCAGCUUGUAGUAAUCAUGUUGGUAUUUUGACCUGUUUGGAUGCAAUGUCUUGUUUUCCCCAGCAGAUGGAGCACCAGAGUGAUCACUUAGAAUUGACAGUGUUUUCUAUUGUGGUGGAAAAACAAAUGUCCUUGUGGGCCCCUAGAUGUCUUCAUUACUGUAUAAUUGUAAGAAUAUUGCACCAGAUGUACCAUGACCCAACAGUUACAUUAACUGCCUUUUUUUGUUACAUUCUAAAACAUGCCAUACCUGAGAGUGAUGUGACAACUCUAUACUUACGAAUAAAAUUCUACAAAUACAUAUAA